AUGUCUGAGUUUCUGGACCUUGAGACCCAGGAUGGGAUAAGAAUGACAUGGAAUGUUAUACCAGGCACAAAGCAGGAUGCUACUAACUGUGUGGUUCCUGUUUCUGCCAUUUAUACUCCUCUAAAGCCAAAUCCUUCCAUUCCUGUUCUUCCUUAUGCCCCUCUCCGUUGUCGCAUGUGCCGUUCGAUUCUCAACCCUUUCUCAGUUGUUGAUUUUGUUGCAAAGAUUUGGGUCUGUCCGUUCUGCUUUCAGCGCAACCAUUUCCCACAACAUUACAACUCUAUUUCAGAAAACAACCUCCCUGCUGAGCUGAUUCCUCAAUAUACCACCGUUGAGUACAAAUCCACUUCUGAAACGGGUCCUGUGGCUCCUCCAGUCUUCCUCUUUGUUGUUGAUACAUGUAUGAUUGAGGAGGAGAUUGGCUAUUUGAAGUCUGCUUUAGCACAAGCAAUUGAACUAUUGCCAGAUCCAUCCCUUGUUGGAUUUAUUACUUUCGGGACAUAUGUUCAGGUGCAUGAAUUGGGUUUUGGCUUGUUGCCAAAGUCAUAUGUGUUCAAAGGGACAAAAGAAGUUACAAAGGAGCAAAUUCUGGACCAAAUGAGUUUCUUUGCUGGGAAAACUAAACCCACAACAGGUGUGAUCGCAGGCGCAAGGAAUGGCCUCUCAGCAGAGAGUAUUGCUAGGUUCCUGUUGCCUGCUUCUGAGUGCGAGUUUGUGUUGAAUUCAGUAAUUGAAGAACUGCAAAAGGACCUUUGGCCUGUUCCAGCUGAUAAAGGUUCAUCAAGGUAUACUGGAGUUGCAUUAAGUGUUGCUGCUAGUCUCUUGGGGGUUUGUGUUCCUGGAUCAGGUGCUAGAAUUAUGGCAUUUGUAGGUGGUCCAUCUACAGAGGGACCUGGUUCUAUCGUAUCCAAGUCCCUAUCAGAACCAAUUCGCUCGCACAAAGACCUCGAUAAAGGUUCAACUCCACUUUAUAACAAAGCUGUUAAAUUCUACGAGGAUAUCUCUAAGCAGCUUGUGAAUCAAGGCCAUGUACUUGAUUUAUUUGCUUGUGCGCUUGACCAGGUUGGUGUUGCUGAGAUGAAGGUUGCUGUGGAGAGAACUGGUGGAAUAGUUGUGCUUGCAGAAAGUUUUGGUCAUUCUGUUUUUAAAGACUCACUUCGACGCUUCUUUCAGUCAAGUGACAAUGAUCUUGAUUUAUCAUUCAAUGGUAUCUUUGAGAUUAACUGCUCAAAGGAUGUCAAAAUCCAAGGAAUUAUUGGACCUUGUACUUCCCUGGAGAAGAAAAGUCCUCUAUCCUCAGAUACAGUUGUAGGUCAGGGAAACACUAACGCAUGGAAGAUGUGUGGUCUAGACAGGAAAACACCACUCUGUUUAGUAUUUGAUAUUGCAAAGAAGGAUGGACCAGAUUCGGUUGGUGUUGGUCAAUCAGCAAGCAAUCAGUUGUACUUCCAAUUCUUAACCUAG